AUAAUAUCCAUUUCUAGUAAAUAAAGAAUACGUUAUUCGAAAAAUAAAUGAAAAACACUAGAUGAAUUAUUUGCCUGUCGGAGUGAACUAGUGAAUAAAUUAUUACAAUGUAGAUAUCAGUUAUUUUAAUUUUAGACAGAAUAUGUAUAGAUGAUAAUUACCUAGCUGGUACCAAAUUCCAAAUUGAAAAGUUGCUGUAAAAGUGGUUUGCCACAGCAUUUCACAAAAAUAAACUAUUGUAGGCCAUCAAACUACAAAAUGUCCAUAAUAGGAUACGAUCUAGAUACCACUGGAGGUCUCAUGGACCAAAUCCAAGCACUAAUUGCACCUCCUGUAAGUGAUGACCCAAAAGACAAGAGUAAGAAACAGGAGCAUCCAUAUUACAGAAGACCAGGAAAGGGCCACAACCAUGACAGUUGUGAUGCUUGUGGAGAAGGUGGAGAUUUAAUUUGUUGUGAUAAAUGCCCUUCUAGUUUCCAUUUAGGUUGCCAUGAUCCCCCACUGGAAGAACAAGACAUACCUAGAGGUGAAUGGCUCUGUCAUUCCUGCAAAUAUACUAGCAAAGUAAAUCUUCCACCACAAUUGAGGAGUAAAAGGUCAAAUAGCACCCCUGUGAGUGCUCCUUUUCCCAUCAAGCUAUCCAAAAAACAAAAGAUGAGUCCCAUGGAAAUUUUGAUAGAAGCUGCCAACUCAAUGAAUCCUAAACAGUUUGAACUACCUAGGAGUAUGAGUGUCCCAUGCCUGUUUCCUGGGACUGAUAAAGUGGAAAUUCCGUACUCCAAGGUUGGCCGAAAAAAUAAUAAAAUCUCAAAAGACCACAAGAAAGGCUCCAGUGGUAUAAUAGCUUUGCCGGCGAAAAAAUGUAGCGAAUGUAAGAAGUCGUGCAGGAUAGCACCGCUGAUUUCUUGUGAUUUUUGCGAUAUUUUUUACCAUCUGGAUUGCCUUGAUCCACCGCUCACAAAUCCACCAUCAGGUAGAUGGAUGUGUCCUCAGCAUGUUGAACAUGCUUUGGAUACUAAACUUCUCACAUCAGUCUCGGCCACCGAACGAGUCAAAUUGUGGGACAAAUUCACGGGCCCUGUAGAUCAAGACUGCGUCAAACUGGAAUUCUUCCGAAAAAUACACAGAAAAAAUCCCCCCUUCCGGAUCAAAACGCGCCUACCCCCCAAAGGCACUGUCGAAGUACCAGAAAUGGUAAAAUACCAUUACAAGAAACCAGUGAAAUUACUGCCCAGACUCAGAGACGUGCUACGCUUAGAAUAUGUUGAGAACAAAAGGGGUCUAAGUGACAUAAUAAAAAUAGAGGAUGAGACUAUUGUAGACAAUACCAUUAAGGUAGAACACGAUCAUGAAGAAGUUAGUGAUCCAAAUUGUGAUAUUAAGAGUAAUAAAAUUAGACAUUGUACAAAUGCGAAUUUAGAAGAAAAUAACAGCUAUACGAAUGUUGAUUGGAGUACUAUGAAUGGAUAUGCAAAAACUGAACAUCUCAAUGGUGGUUAUUAUGAGAAAGAGCUUAUGAGGAAAGAACAUAAUUUUAUUACUGAUGUGAUAGCUGGAAUGACUACUGAAGUCGAUUUGGACCUGAGGCAGUUGGACGAUAAGUUACUCAGACUUCUCGCUUAUCAACGUAUCCAACAACUAUUGAAUAAUUCGUCAUCGUCAUCUCCCAACUCUCAGUUCUAUUCAGCCUAUAGGGAAAAGUUGCGCCAUAUGCCUCUACCCAGUGAGCUUCUCACUCCUGCUGAUAUCGACAGGAUAUCCAGAGUAUUUGCGAGCCCCAAGAAGAAAAUCAAACCGAAAUCGGCCAUUCGAGCGCGAGCGAUGAUGUGCCCCGUCGUUUCGAAACACUUCUACAACGUGAGAACGGCCGAAGUGGACCCGACCGACGUCCGUCACGACGCCAGCUUCAUGGGCUUCCGGCCCACCGUCUCUCUGAGGUUUCCCGAGGCCGUCGCGAUGCGAUACAGGGUACUCAAUGUGGGGAAGGGGUCGGCGAACGAGGUGGAUUUGGAGAAGUUCGGCUUCUGCAAUUACGUGGUGGCGAGGCACGCGGUCAUUUUCUUCGAUGAGUACACAAAACAUUAUGAACUGAUAAAUUACUCACCUUGCGGCACUUAUGUCAACAACAUACUGUAUUCGAACAAUAUUUCCACCAAACGGCCGAAUCACAAUGUUUCUACGGACGAAAAGUGCAUCAACGUGGAGAAGCAAGUUAGGGAAAUUAUCGAUAAGAAGAGGAAAAUCAGUCGUGCCAGGAAAAAUUCCGUGGAAGCGAAAAUGUCCUCAGUUGAUUCUGUUGAAAAGUUGGAAUGUUGUUGUGCCAAUCAUCCAGAGGAGUUGAAGAAAGGUUGGGAAGGUUCGGCCAUUUUGAGUCAUGGCUCCUUGCUGAGGUUUGGUUGUGUAUCAUUUGUUUUCUCAAUUGUUGAAUGUACAAAUUUAUAAAUUUAUUUAUUG